UCUAUUUCUUCUAUAUGUAUGCACAGAAGCUGGGUGGUUAUGAAAAGAUUACCUAUAAAAAAUUAUGGAAGCAUGUUUAUGAUGAAUUGGGUGGAAAUCCAGGAAGCACUAGUGCAGCAACUUGUACAAGACGUCAUUAUGAGAGACUAUUGCUACCAUUUGAGCGUUACAUGAGAGGAAAUCAAGGAAAAAAAUUUUCGUUACCUCCACCAGCAACAUGUGCAAAGAAAGAAAAAUUAAAAAUGAAAGAGAGAAUACAAACGGAUAAAAUAUUACGAAUGAAUAGUGAAACUCAAGAAAAUUAUGACAGUACUGAUGAGAGUCAAGAAGAAAGGCAUGAUGAUAACAAUCUAGUCAUUGAUUUAGAAAAGAAUGGAAACGCUCAUAAGGACAACAUCAAAUUUAAAGUAAAAGAUCUCAAGUGCUUUAAAAAAGACUGGAAAGGUUUGCAUAGAAGUCUCCUUCCAAGCAAGUUAAUUAAAAAGGAAAAACUAGAAAAUGAAUUUAAAUGGAAUGAGAAGAAAAAGAAGAGCAUUACUCAAUCAUGGGUUUCAAGUACUUCUAAACACAGCUUACUUUCAAAAUAUCAUUCACAUCAUGGCCAAGAAAAUAAACCACCAAUACCGAUCUCAUCACCAUCUGUUCAGCUAUCUAAAACUACGGUUUUAGAUUCAAAAUCUCACUUGAAAUCCACUCCAAUGACUUUAAAAGGGACCGUACCCACAAGCACUUCUUAUGUUUCUAAAAAUAAUGUUAAGGAGAUUUCUAGAUUAAACAACAACAACAACACCACCACCACCACCAAUGAUUCUCAAUUAUCUAAUUUUGCAAGUCAUGAAAGAGUUCAGAAAAGUCCUAGUGUUAACAGAACAGGUCGUCUUCCAGUUAGAGAUGGUCAUUAUGCCAUUAGUACCACUUCUAAUGUUAAUAAUCCUGUUACACCUACAAAUUCUUUAAAUCUGCCUAGUAAGAUAUAUAAUAAGAACAACAAACAUGGUUCCACCAGUUUUCCGACAUCUUCGAGUCCCAGGUGUUGCGUGAGUGACAUAAAAACAGAAUCAAAAGCGGAGAUCAGGAAAGAAGCGAAACACCAGUCGUAUGUUAGCAUUAUGUCACCAUUACUGUAUCGUAAAAACCAAACUACUUGUCUUACUACAAUGGCUAACAGCAGAAGUAACAGAACUGUAACAAAUAGUAUGGCAUCUUUAAACUUUUCGUUGAAAACAUUAUCAUCGGAUUUUGUAAUUGGAAGAACCAUAGAUGAUAUAACGCACAGAAACAAUAAAGAAGUCGGUAGGGAUGCUAAAUUAAUGCAGAGACGUCCAUCUGUCAUUCAACACACUGAACAUAUUCAACCGUCUCCACCCCCACAUAAAACCUGUAAUCUUUGUAAUUCUUUCCCUCAAUGUAAUAGUGAAAAACUAUAUAGAACAGCAGAUAGGACAAGUUGCUGCAGAAAUGUAGAGUUAAUUAUCCCCAAAGUAGGACCUACAGAUUCACGGUGCUGCAUGAGUACAUAUAUGGAAGCAAAUAGAUUUCCCCAUCAGAAACCCAUGUACAUUGAUAAUAUUUCUAAUGGAUCAAAAAUGAUGACUAAAAGGUUGUAUAAUUCGAUAGCAAAUCCCAAUAAUCAUCAUUCACUAACAAGAGUUUCAGAAACUCCGUACAAGAUGAAAACUCCAAUACAAUCCUCUUUACGCACAGAUAAUUAUUAUCAAUCACUGCCUAAAAAUCUCGAAUACCAAAUGAAAUCUACUAACUGUAAAUUUUCUGGACCAUUUUAUGAUCAACCAAAACGUUUAAAAACCAGAUUUUCUCCUCCUAUAUCCACAUCAUCUGCAAUGUUACCACCGUCGUCAUCAUCAUCUCACUUAAAUUAUAAGAAUUCUUCAUCUUCAUCACUGUUUCAUUUUAAUCAGUCACAAAACUGUGAGAACGAAGUAUUAGAUUUGAGCAUAAAGAAGAAGAAACCUUUAAUAAAAAGUGAAGAAAAUACGCUUCCAACAAGUCGAGCAACAUCGGAUAAGACAACAGAAAGCGAAUGCCUGGAUUUAUCAAUAAAGAAGAAUAAUUUUUUAAAUUCUAACGUAAAAAAUACGGAUUUAUUGAAAGGAAUAGAAGAUAUAACACCUCCGCCACCACCAACAAUGGAAACUCCAGUAUAUCAAAACUCUUUUAUGUCACCACCUGUUUGUGCUCCAUCAGUUUUAUCAACAGUUCGUCCCUGUUUAGACAAUCUAAAACUGUCUUCUGACAUAAAAUACAAUAGAUACAAAUUAAAUGAUUCAUUUGCUACAGAUAACUGUGCUUCUAUAUAUUCUAACAACUUAAAACUACCCUAUGGGUCUACAAGUGACGUACACUCGCCGCUAACGUAUAAACUACGAGGAACGGCUAAAACUGUAUGCGUGUCGGAAUACAAUCCUCAACUUCCAUCAUUCAUAACUCCGCCAUUUUAUCCUUACAAUUCGACAUCAUGGACUUCGCCUCAUUAUUCGACAGCGGGUACCAUACCAACAUAUAAAGAAUUUAUGGGUCCCGGUACAGUCGCAGAUCCUCAGCAUGUUUCUCACCUCUAUCCAUUCAUGUACAACGAUGGAUGUAUGUAUCAAGCAUAUACAAAAUAAUUAGGUUGUAUUUUAUAUAUAAUUUCGACCAAUUAAAUGAGGAAAAAUAAUAAUAAUAAAAGAUA